AUGCUGCUGCUGCUGGGACUGAGUGAUGAAGCAAAUGAGAGAAUUACAGAAGCCAUGAGGAGUUUUCUGGAAAAGAUGUGAAGUGCAAGAAAUAGGGAAUUGGAAGACUUUAAUGGAUAUAAACUGCUUGUUUUGUUUUUAUUUUUACAGGUUGUGCCGAUAUGAAGGCCUGACUCUCCAACGGGUCACCUGUACAGCAAGAGCAAGAGCAAGAGGUAAACAAACACACGCCUCGGCGGCUGGUGGUGAGUGCGUGGCUUAACCAGUCCCCAAGCGGCCCAAAACAACAACAACAACAACUAGUCCCCUAUAACACUGAACAACAAGAAGAGUGGUGGGCGGCCCGCUGCACGCCAGGCCAGUGACUCAAGGCGUGAACACUAGCGUGGUGAGUAAGCUGGUGGUGAGUGGUGGGCGGGACGCUGCAGCCCAGGCCAGUGUGUGCCGGUGACUCAAGGCGUGAACACUAGCGUGACCGAGUCCACACCAUGAAGGGCUCAGACGAGAGGAACUGGAGGCUGCUGGCCCUGCUCUACCGCCACGGCGGGGACCCCAACGUGCUGAAGAACGUGGUGCCGGAGUGGGGCCCGGAGAGGCUGGAGCACUUCCUGAGGUGCCAGCGACUCACCUCUCAAAGGAGAACAUGCCGAAGUGUCUACCCCAAAAUGACGCCAUGGAGGGGCCUGGGCUCAAAAAACAGUGUCGGUAUUCUGAGCCAGGUGGAGCAAAACAGGGGCGCCACAGUGAACGAGACCCCGAGGGCCAUGCAGUUCCUCUCACAAUGGCAGGCACACAUCCACAAUGUCCAGAGGGUCCAGGGCACCACCAUAAAGAAGAAGAAGAAGGGACGCUACUCGAAGGACUUCUGCCCGGCGGAUCACGGGCCCCUCCUGAGCAAGGCAAUGCUCAUCAUUUCCCAAGAGGAGGAACACCCCAAGCCUUCCUCCAGCUCCGAGCCUGACUACAGCGAAAUAUAUAGAUACCUCUCUCAGCUGUUGGCGGGACAGGAGCCAACCCAGCUGAGCCAGGGCAGCGCUGCAAAGGUUUUGGAGGUGAUGGAGAAGGUGCAGCUGCUGGCAAGCCACAGCCUGGACCUGAAAAAACUGUACCACCACUUGAGCCAAAACAUGGCCUCGUACCUCCAGCCCUGGAGUAAGAAGGGAGCAGACUCCUCUCCCAGCACCUUACCACAGGGGGAGAGUUCCAGCACCUUGCCACAGGGGGAGAGUUCCAGCUCCUUACCACAGGGGAAGAGUUCCAGCACAUUACCACCAGGGGAGAGUUCCAACACCUCACCACAGGGGGAGAGUUCCAGCACCUUACUACAGGGGGAGAGUUCCAGCACCUUGCCACAGGGGGAAAGUUCCAGCACCUCACCACAGGGGGAAAGUUCCAGUGCCUCAUCACAGGGGGAGAGUUCCAGCGCUGAGAUGGAUGAGUGCCCACUGUUUCUCGAGGUGGAGGACCAGUUGAGGACCAGCUCCAAGGACCUGGCGGGCCAUGACCCUCGCUGUGAGGAGGUGAAAGAGAGACUCACAGAGAAGUGCCAGAAGAAGCAGGAAGCAAGGAGCCUCCGCAUCUCAGAGCUGCCUGGCCUCAACCCCUUCAUGCUGCCACCUCGCCUGCUGCACAAACCCGUGGGCGAUGCCGUGAGUGCCCUGCUGGAGCGUUAGUGUGCUGCCGCUGCCUACGCCCCUUGUCGCCGCACCUACCGAGGCCGCAGACCGUUAGUCGGCUCGGUCAGUACAGAUCUCACCUUCCAGAGCGGAAAUCCCUUCACUCAGUUUGAUUUUGUAAUUGUUUAGGUUACGGCAGACUCUUCAGACGUGGUACUGGUGUUCAUUAACGGCUGUGUGGCCAGUUUGGCUUUUAAUUCCAUUUUUUUGGAUGAGUUGUUAGCCAGAAGUAUUGGAUUUCCCCAGAGUUGAGUUGACAUGCCACAAACUCAGUCGUAAAAAGUCACAUAAAAAUGGACAAAACCAACUCUCCGCGCCCUGAGACACGGGUCAGAGGGACAAAGCAGCCACACUGUUGUUGCCAAGACCAAUACAACGUUUGAAUAACCAGGCGCUGCUCUUCAAGGCGCUUUUCUCACGCAGUAAAGGAAGCAAAGGUUUGCCUGAUCCCCUUUGGGUUUUCUGUGCAUUACAUUUUUCAAGACACCCGCCACCAGUGUGUAAGUACCGGUACCACACUCCGGGCUGCCCGGACCACUUCACUCACCACUUUGUCCACAAUCUGAGCUGUGCUGAAAGAGACUGAAUUAUAAGCAUUAUAAAGUUGUGACUCCAACUCCGACUCUGGCCCCCUUGCCCCUCCUCCUCUACUGCAAAUCAUUUUUUUAUUAUUAUUAUUAUUUUUUUUUUUUUUUUUUUUUUAGGUGCUGCCUGUAGUGCCAUUAGACACUCUUGAGGUCCUUUUCUUACAUUUAUUUACAUCCAGAUUACAUGUACUCUAUAUAGACAGCGUCCAGUACACAAUAUAAACUAUAAACUUACUUUUGUUAGGCUCGUCGUUAUUUUUAUACGUAUUUUUUAAUUUCCGCCUCUACUAACGGACUUUUGGCACCUUGGGAGCAAGGUCCCCCAGUUAGUCUGCAAAACUGAGGGUUUACUAGCAGGUCCUGCCCUAACGUCAUUUUGUUUAAAGUAGUUUCGUUACAACGUUUUGAUAGAAAUGUAAAAUAAAAAGAAAUGAAAACAUG